CCCAACCCCUCCUCACCAGCAACGGCGAGAACGCCCAACCAAUACCCCACCACGGCGCCGCCGCAGCACCACGCCGCGCUCGCCUUCCCUAGCUCCCCUACGGCCUGUCCGCUCGACCCCGUCCCGCUAUGUAACCAACCUGCACCUGCCCAAGACUAGCUCCACUACGCACUCGCUCGCAGAGCAAUGGAUCACUCCAUGAAGCCAGCUGCUGCCCUCUCAGCGUUCUCGUCCCGGAGAUGGGUCCUCGCCACCUCCCUCUGCUCCCUCGCCUGCCUCUUCCUCCUCUCCGCCGGCCUCCUGCUCCUCGCCGCCGGCUACCGCCCGUUGCAGCCGCGCGGCGCGGCGCCGUGGGACCGCUUAUCCAGGGUGCGGCAGAAGGCGGCGCCGUCGCCUGCCCGUGCCUCGCACGCCGCGGUUGCGCCGGCGCCGGCGCCAGACGCGGGCUCACCAGGCGCCCUUGAUCGGAGCCAGGAGGAGGAUGCCGGGCCGCCGUCACCGGACCCCGCGCCGGCGGAGGAGGAAGGGGAGGACGGCGGCGACGGCGAGUGCGACGUGUUCGACGGGACGUGGGUGCGCGACGACGCGGCGUGGUAUCCGCUGUACGAGGCCGCGGAGUGCCCGUUCCUGAGCGACCAGGUGGCGUGCCGCCGGAACGGCCGGCCGGACUCCGGCUACGAGCAGUGGCGGUGGCGGCCCAGGGGCUGCGGCGGCCGCGCGAGGCUGGGCGGCGCGGAGGCCCUGGAGCUGUGCCGGGACAGGCGGCUGGUGUUCGUUGGCGACUCGCUGAACCGCAACAUGUGGGAGUCGCUCGCCUGCAUCCUCUACGCGGCGGUGCCGGACCGGUCGCGGACGCGCAUCGUCGACGACGCCAGCUCCGAGUACAGGAUAUUCCGCGCCAUGGACUACAACUGCUCGGUGGAGUUCUUCUGGAGUCCGUUCCUUGUGAAGCUCGAAAGAAAGAUCAACCAGACCAGGGCGCUCCAGUUGGACCAGCUGCCGGCCAUGCUGCAGAGGACCCUGGGCGCAGAUGUUCUCGUGUUCAACACCGGCCACUGGUGGACUCACACUGGCAAGCUCAGGGCGUGGGACCAUCUCGAGAGAGACGGGAAGACGGUCGAGAUGGCCGGGGAGGAAGCCUUCAACAGAGCGCUGAGGACCUGGGCUAGGUGGGUCGACCGCAACAUAGACCCCACUAGAACAAGAGUAUUCUUCCGGAGCGUCUCGCCUGAACAUAAGAGUGUAAACUGGUGCUACAACCAGACGUCCCCUAUCUCCACUGGAACAGUUGCUCCAUGGUUUCCAAAAAGCCUGGUCACCAUUGUGGAGAGGAACAUCAAGAACAUGAGAACACCAGUCACAUAUCUGAAUAUCACCCACCUCUCGGAGCUCCGGAUCGACGCACACCCAUCAGUUUACACCAUCACCCGGGAAGGGAAACCGCUGAGCCCAGAGCAGCAGCAGCAACCGCUCACAUAUGCUGACUGCAGCCACUGGUGCCUACCAGGGCUACCAGAUACCUGGAAUAUGCUUUUGCUCGACUCUUUGAUGAGACCACCCUCUAAUGUACAUUUGCUAGGGUGAAGCGUAAUACAAUAUUAUUUUUGGGGGGCAGCUUCACCUUGCCUGGUGUGAUAGUAAAGUGGAAGAGAAGGGAAAACAACUAAAAUCAUGAUAUACAGACAUCGCUACAUAUCAGUAGCACUUUUACAUUGAAGAUAUGAUCAUAUAGCCUAAAUUCUACAACAGUAGACAAGCAAAAAUCAUCUAUUCAAUUGUACACAUUGGCUAAGCAAUCAAAUAAAGGAGAGCAAAUGAGAACUAACAAGUACGAUGACAAUACUCGCUACAAAACACAGCACUAGACAAUCUGACAUUGGAAUACAAACUAAUUCAGCACCAAAAUCUACACUAGGUCAAUAGAAUGCAUGGGCAUGGGCAGGGCAGCAAACAGCAGUGCAAGCCAUAAACAAUAAAAUGGAGAUUGCAACUUAUGUAAGACUGUUUUCAUGCCAGAAAAUGUCAUUUGUGACCACAUGUCAGCUAGGUAUAAAACUAGCUUCAAACAUAUUAUAGUAGCAAAUUUCUGAACCCUAUAACAGAGAACACAGCUCAUUGACAGUAGCAAUGUGAGCAUGUAAAACAUUCUGACUAGGAAUAUGUAUAUGUAAAUUGUAAUAGUCAUAAAAAGGGUCUGACAACAAGAAAAGCAUACUCAAGAUAUUCAUCAGACAUGUUGCCAAAAAGUAAGCAAAUGUGCUACAAAGCUAAACCUAAUUUAUAACCUUCAGGUUUAGAGAGAUCCAAAUGGGAGAAAGAGAACAUAAACCCGUCAAUAAUCUCCAUCUCAUAACCUUCAGGUUUAGAGAGAUCCAAAUGGGAGAAAGAGAACAUAAACCGGUCAAUAAUCUCCAUCUCAUAAGGUAAAAAGGCAUGUGACUAAGGCCAUCCUUUAGAGCUAACUAUUAGCUGCUAGCUGAGGCCCGGUUUGAAUAGUUGGUUAGUAGUCUUAUCUAUCACCUAGUUAACAAUUCUAUUUAGCUGAUUCACCAAGGUAACACAGCUAAAUAUUUAACUAUAGGCAUAAGGAAAAACAAAAGAUCUGCUGACAAUAUCAUGUAGUAAUUAUCCACUAUCCAAGCUUCAAAAACAAAGAUAGCUUUAGGAUUUAUUUUGGAGAAGGUAUGCAGUGUUCUGCAAACAGACUAUAAAUUCAAAAGGAAAAAAGAAGCCUGCAUUACAAUCAUAGAUCAUACAUACAAACAGCCCACAACCCACAGCAUGUGUCCACUAAUAAAAAGCCAAGGUUGAACAAAUCACUGGCUAAAGAUAACAAAGGAAUCUCAUAUAAUAUGACAAUAAACAAGACACCAUAGAUUUAAAAGUGCAACUUCACUUAUCAAUGUAAACUGAAAACUGCAAAGCAGUCAUAAGUACAAGUGAAGCAUUAUCAAGAAACACUGAACUAGCUUGAUUUAUCCAACAUUGAAAAUUGGUAGUGCAAACUCAUUCCAGAAUCCAGAUCAGAAGUAGCCACUAGCCAGAAUAUGCAAGACAUCCAUGUGAAUUCAGCACAACCAUUGCAAAGCACAUGCUCCCAAGAGUUGUCACAAACCUGAGUCAUACAUCCACUAGAAUUCAAUCAAUAAUUCAGCUGAGUACAGAUAUAAAUACAGAACAUACACAAUAAUGAAUUAAAAAAUAGAAAUGCAAUGCUUAAUACAUUAGGCUUCUUAACAUACUUGGAGAAUUUUUUUAUAAGGCGGGAUUUAUCAAGUAUAGCAAAAUGUUCUAUGCACUAUGAUGACUGCACACAGAUAUUCCAGAGCUUUUGAGUGCAAAUAUAUCACACUAGGAUCAGUGGGAAACUGAAAAUAUUAUUGCAACACAAUAAAAUCAAGGCAGUAACAACAUAACAAAAUCAAGGCAGUAAAUUAGAUCUACUACUGAUGAGACAGAACACAAAAAAAGGUAAAAAAAAUUCAUGAACUAUCAAGAAAGAAGGGAAUAAAAGCAUUCUGGAUACCAGCUUACCCACAACCAAAAAAGAAACUUAACACAUUUGCAGUGCGCAAAGAUAGAUUUGUAUAGUUACAUUACAUAGUAAUGAUAUAUAAAUACACUUAUGUUAAUAAAGAAAUAAUGGAUAAGUUCACAAACAGCUUAUGAACUCAUUAUUCAUAACACUGCAGCUAUCUAUCAAGCAGCCAACAAAGAUCUCUAGCAUUCUAAAAGACAACAUGGUCUUUAGAUAUAGGACUCCGGUAAUUUAAUGGUAGUACGGAACGAGGGAACAGAAGGCAUUAUUUGAGGCCAAUGUCCCAAGCACCACAUGCAAGAUGAGAUAGGAAACAACCUUUACAAAAAGUUUACGCUAAUGCCAAAGUACCAAAUAAAAGGGAACUUAGGAAGGGUAUCAGUGACAUGAAUGCAGAAUAGGCAACACUGCAGACACUAGCAUGAAGUAAUGCUGAUAAUGGUUAUGCCACAAGCAACCAGUAAUAAACAUGACUCCAUGAUAAGAAUUAAUAAACGUGAACUUAAGGACCAACUAGAUCUGAACAAGGAGGAAUUUAGUUAUGCGCUAAAAAAGCAGUUG